AUGAACACUUGGGAGGAUUCGGUGGACAUUGAGUCGGAAUUCGAUCAAGGUAAGUGGCGUCAUCAACUGGGAAUAGCGUGAAAGUGAAUAUGAUAAGAUGCAAGAUUAGGUGUAGAUGAAUUGUAAAGAGAGCAAAUGGGUUUGGGAUUGGAUAACCCAUAUUUUUACUCCCCGAUUCGAUGAUUGGGAUCCAGAAAUUAGAAUAAAUUCCUUGGAAAACAGCUGUGUCCGGGGACAAAAAGAGUUGGCUUUUGUUGCCGAUGACGAGGCACCGCGGAGACUCCUUGCGCUUAUAUUCUCCCUGCGUUUCUACUUUCCCUUUUCGACAAAUUCUUCGCAGCUGCAAGGAAUCGCCCCCCCCCCCAGGCUUUCAAAUGGCCUUUCUGGAUGGAGGUUUAGUUUUUCUUUCAGCAGAUUUUCUUAAUGGGCAACCGCUGCACUUCUGUAUGUUGUAAUCGCCCUCUUACCGGUUUUGUUUUCUUUUUUCGGAUGACUGUUUUUUGAAUUUACAUUGCGCAUGGUGUUGCGUUACCGUAUUGUGUUCAGGUCGACGCGUUCUUAUACCGGCGUUAUUUAUUUCUGAAGGCGACAGCAAAUUAACGAAGUCUCGAUCUAAUAACGAACAUGUUUUAUUUUGCUUUUCAAUUUUUUGGAGAAGAACAUCUGCUAAUCUGGCCGUUUGAUCUUCUGAUGUCUUGUUUAUGUUUAGUAUGAAUUAUGAGGAGAUAAUUUGCAAAUAAAUUAUCCAGUAGAUCCGACGGUGUAAUGAGAUAGUGUGACCCUUGACGCGAGAACUGAAAACUUCAAAAAUUUAACCUGCAUUCGAUUCCAGGCUUGCGGAUGGAGGUUGAAAACCAUGAUGAGAAUGCCCAAUGCCCCUUUGGAAGUGAUCCUCCGUUGUGUUUGGCCACCUCCAUCCUCGACGAAAUGUUGCCGGCCGCAUCGAAUGACUCUGGGGUGGGUUCCUCCUGCAGUGCGUGGUCGAUUCAUGAAGACAAGACUAAUUUUAUGGUUCCGGGGACAUCAAACAGUUUUGUAAGUUUUGUUUCUUCUGUAGAUCUUGUUUUUCUUCUUUAUUUCUUUCCUUUUUUCAGGAAGAUGUUCAGAUGGAUGAAGCUAAAGUUUCCCCUAUCAGGAGGCCGCUCCGCGAUGUUUCCAACGAUACUCCCCUCAAGGGCAAGCGGUUUAACCGCAUUCCGUUCAGGAAUAACCCCCUAUCGACAAGAAAGUUGAGUGCAAAUGUACCGAAGAAAAAGGUCGAGGAUCGGUUUCUGAAGCGGCCGUCUCCGAAACUCCCAAGUUCAGUAGUAUCACUCGAAAAAGGCGUCUCGAAGUCCAUGGUGAACAUGAGGAGGUUUGGGAAAUGCACUUCCCCUGAGUCGAUACAAGUAGGUCACUUGAUAAUCUCCUUUAAAAUGAUCGUUCUUUUUAGACUUACUCUCUAAGGUAUCUAACGAAACCUCAAGUGGAAUCAUCAGCCUUCAAGUCCAUUGAUGGCUCAAUUCUAGCGUCAUUGAUAAAAGAAAUGGGAAAUGAAAAGUUUUUAGAGACUUUUAUGCUGAUUGAUUGCCGGUAUCCGUAUGAAUUCGAAGGAGGGCAUAUCAUAGUAAGAGUAAAAGUAUGGAUGGAUGAUUUCUAUUCAUUUACAGAACUCAAUCAACAUGUUCCAAUUCGACCAGGUCUGUCAGAAGUUCUACUCGGAAGAGAACGGGUCUUUCCAUGCCAUUCAGAACAAGAUCCCCAUCUUUUAUUGCGAAUUUUCUCAGGCAAGGGGGCCCAAAAUGUAAGCAAUUUUUGUGACUGGAUCGUAACCUUUUUUGAAAAGGCCAUCUUAAUGUCGCGCCUUGUUGGUAGAGUUGUUUUACCGUUUUUAAUAAAACGUAUUUUUAGGGCCAACGCUCUAAGACGAUUUGACCGAAAACUGAACGCGACCAACUACCCUCAUCUAGAUUACCCAGAGAUUUAUGUGCUCGAUUCUGGAUAUCAAGGAUUUUUCAAACAAGAGGAAUGCACGGUAAGCACUUGCUACUUUAGUUAUGCAACUUGUUUAGAAAGGAUCUAUUAUUUUGUCUUUUCAGGAACUCUGUACUCCCCGUCAUUAUGUUCGAAUGCAAGAUACCGCUUUUAUGGAGGAAUUGAAGCGCUUCCAUUAUCACAAGAAGGGUGUCCAUCAUCAGAUCUGA